AUGGCCUGCAGCAAUUAUACCCACACUCCGCUGCCUCACUUCAGCACCGCCGCUCUCAUCGACCUGCUCGGUAACCUCAACGAGACCUGUCCCCACGAUCUGGUGGAUGGUAUCGGAUUAAGGGAUGCCGUUGCCAAUGAAAUCUUCCAAGGCGAGAAAUCUUUCUUUGCUGGGAGUCUCGGCCGCUGGUCGCCCUAUGCGGCGGCUAUCAUCUUCAGCCGGCUGAUCGAUUUCAAACUGCCUCUUUUGCAGCUGAUCUCCGAGCUUCCCCGUCCCCAGAUCAUUCCUGGCUGGCAGACACAGGUUUUUGCGGUUCUGCACCUCAUUGGGGACCCUAUAGACUCGAUGAGCGGUUAUCUCUUUACGUUGGCGACCUGCAUGGUUGUCCUCAAAAAGACGACGAAGGCUAUGGUUAAAAAGGAAAGGGGGAGGGCGGAAGCCGAAGUCGAGAAAGAGGUUGAGAGGAGAUCCAAACUCAUCGCUUUGGUGUACCUGUCAUACGCCUCAAACGGCCAUCCAAAAGAGAUCGAAGAUUUGAUAAGAUGCGAAGCAGCCCCCCUGGCUACCUUCAAAGCUGCAGCACUAGCCCUUGCCGCGGACCGUGGUUCCAACUUCUGGGCAGUGGGAGUAGCCAUCUUCGGCUUUUCUAUGGCCGUCAUGCUCAAGUACGUCUAUAUUGACGCCGAAACUUUCGAUGUGGCCAAGCCUCAGCACAUAGACAUCUGGAGUCUCUCCUCAUCUAUGACUAUGGUACAUAUCGUCCCCAACGUCCUCCUUGCCUCCAUCAUCAGCGUGCAGCAGUCACCCCACACGGCUAGGCGGUCCCUCGCGCAAUUUGAAGAGAGCCUUCUUGGUCGAGUGGCAGACGAUGUUAGAGUCAGAAUGCAAACCAACUGGGCUCAGAGGGAUCCUGACCAACAGAUCAGCAACGGGGCAAUUCCUAACUGGAGGCCAGAUCGACAAUACGCAACGCCCCCGCGACAACUCAACGCCCCUUCCACAUUCUGGCGACGAGUUCUCGACGUUGUGGCGUUUCUCAUCGUCACCACCGGGUCCGCUGGUGCCAUAUUGCUGUCAGCCGCGGUCCCCCCCGAAGGGCUCAACUGCCGUACGGUGAUCAAGUUGAUCAUGGUGUCGAUCUACGUGGUGAAAUACGCGGCGCAGCUGCUUGUAAAUCGAAUGGGCGAUCCGUCGAACCCCAUGAAAAUGAACAACUUGACCAAGAAUCGGGAAGAUCCACCCAAAGAGACAUCACUUGGGACCUCCUCAACAGCUCCCACCGCCUGCAUCUCUGAAGAACUACUUGCUUCAGAAACAUACUGGGGCCAGCUUAUCACCCAAACAAAGACCCCAUCGCCCAUCUUCUCCCGCCUUAUCACGGCAAUCUUCGUAUACUUCGACGCUACAUCCGCCGGCGUGCUCCAACCAAGCGAAUUCUGCGCGUUCAUGUUUGCGGCUGGCUACUCGUCAGAGCAGUUUCCUCCAUUGAAAAUAUCGACCAACGACUCCGUUUCACCCACUGAUCUGCAUGAACUGGACGCCUGGUUGAUGAGCUGGUUCCAGUCGUUUCCACUUGAUCACCGCAUGGCGACGCGGGAGUUUCCCCCACCGCCUCCGAUAGAGCCGCAUAACGGUCGCAUUCGUAUGCGGGAUGAGAUUCUUCAUGCGUUUAUGUACCCACCGAUCCCAGUGGUCCCGAAUGGACUACCGAUGCUGUCGCGACUAGGUCUAGAGCAGUAUUUCACCCAUCUAGCAUUACUAGACCCAGGGGAUUUAUGCGUCCGCCUGAAGCACCUGCUGGGUGCGCUGCCGAAGCUGAUGGAUCCGGAGACAGACUGCCCAUUCGAGACACAGUUUGUUCCGGUCACAUGCUUCACGCUGAUGGCUGACCUGGAGGAGGGGGAGAAGAGGUACAUGAUCGAGAGGCAACAGAACGACGCGCGGGACGACAUAGUGACGAAGGCUGAGGAGGCUCAUGAUACCUUUGACCCGGAGCAGAUGAGGCAUAUGGCGAUAUCUCGAGCUAUGUGGGCUGCAGGCGGAGGCUGCUGGGUUGAUAGUAAUGGUUAUAAACAUUAUUCCGAGGGUUUAUAA